UUCUAAACCCGCACGGGACCCUUACUAGGGUCAACAUCAAUAAUAAUCAUUUUCUUCUACUUUCCUAACGUCACCCGACGUGACGACCGACGGCACGCGACUGCGCCUAUGAACCUAGAAACCGGUGGGACAUGUGCGUUGGCAUUGUCGACGAACGAGGCAAUGGCCGGCGAACAGAUCGACGACACGGAGAUGUACAUGGUUCGGCUGGACGGUGGUGCCGAACGACUGACCGAGCCUCGGCUAUGUGACAAAUUGCGGCGCCUAAUACUUUCGGGCAAUUACUAUAAGCACAAAUGGAUGGACAAAUGGGGGGCAUGCCGUGAAUCAAAUUUACGACCUUCUUUACAUGAUGGGACGAGAUGAUAUUGCUGUUGGGAUAGGAGGUGAAGGUGGAAUACUCAAUGACGGUACCAUACUUCCAAGUGUUGGUGGAUAUCUUCCUAUAGUCGAUCAGGGUUAUGGUACAACAGGAUACUGCAGAUAUAGUCAAGUUAUUCCUUUAGGCCUGCGAGGAAAACUAGACAUCGAUACAAUAUAUGGUUUCAGAAAACAAUUUCUUCCCCAGGCAAACAGGCAAUAUUUACCUCUACAACAACCUACAACUCAACAAAUAAUGAUCGACAAAAUAUCUGCUGGUUCAAUCACAGUAUUUUGUGGUGGAACACCUACAAAUUUGGCAUUGUUUCUAAUGUCUAACCCACACUUGAAGAAAAACAUCGAGCAUAUAUACCUCAUGGGUGGUGGCGUGGGACCCAGGCAUGUCAAUUGUCCUUCUAACUCUAUCUCAUCAUGCCCUACUGGUAAUGUGUACACAGGUGACAAUACGGCUCCUAAUGCAGAGUACAACUUCUUUAGUGACCCUUUCGCUGCUUAUCAGGUGAUCCACUCAGGGAUACCAGUUACUCUUAUCCCACUGGACGCAACAGACACUAUACCCAUCACAACAGAAUUUAUGCAAGAAUUUAAGAAGCAACAGCACACCCUUGAGGCACAAUACUGUUUCAAUGCCUUGAAAAUGAUAUGUGAUACUUGGUACACAACCCCUCAUUUUUCUGAUAUUUUCUUCAUGUGGGAUUCAUUUUUGGCCGGGGUGGCUACUUCAAUUAUGCUCAAGCAAAACAACACAAACGGCGAAAACGAAUUUGCAGAAAUAGAGUACAAGAAUAUAACGGUAAUUACUUCGAACGAGCCAUAUGGGACAUCCGACGGCUCAAAUCCAUUCUUUGAUGGCCUAAAGAAAUCAAGAUUCAACUUGAUGAGAAACGGUAUCCACAGUGGCCACCUUGUGACUGGACCAGGGGAUCCAUUUUGCAUUGCUCGAAAUGGGUGCAAGGAUGGAGACACACAAGAAGUAACGGGUCCCGAAGGGGUGCGUGUUCGUUUGGCCGUAAGAGCAAAGCCUAACCCAGAUAAACAUAGCAAAUUGGACAAAGCAUUCUACAAAAAAUUUCUUGAUGUCAUAAACCGGCCACAUCCAACAGGAAAGCUCGAUUAUACGACACAAUUUCCUCAAUACCGGGAAGCCACCGAUGUGCCAGAUUUUAAAGAAAGAAAACUAGGGAAAACUGUUGUAUUCGACAUGGAUAUGAGUCCUGGAGAUUUUCUGGCCCUCAUUUAUCUUCUCAAAGUACCAACUGAACUAAUAUAUCUUAAGGCAAUACUCGUGACUCCAACUGGAUGGGCAACUGCUGCAACCAUUGACAUUGUCUAUGACAUAUUACACAUCAUGAAACGUGAUGAUAUCUUGGUUGGUCUUGGAGAUUUAUAUGCAAGUAAUCAGACUUAUGCUAACUUCAAUUUGAUUGGAAGCUGCAAGUACAGAAGGGCCAUUCCACAUGGCGCCGGUGGCUUUCUCGACUCUGACACGCUAUACGGAUUCGCCCAUGAUAUGCCUCGAAGCCCUCGGAGUUCGUUGGACGUGGGAUCCAAUGUUACCAUCUUAACGAACGGGCCUUUGACAAGUGUCGCGCAAAUUAUCAUUUCAGACAAGAAUUCGACUUCUUGUAUUCAGGAAAUUAUUGUGGUUGGAGGGCACAUCAGCAAAUAUACGCACGAUAGAGGAAAUGUGAUCAACAUUCCUCAGAACAAAUAUGCAGAGCUCAACAUUUUUCUCGACCCCCUGGCUGCAAAGACGGUUUUCGAGUCGGGCCUCAAUAUUACCCUCAUCCCGCUUGGCGUCCAGCGUGGGGCCCGCCAGUUCAGUUGGGCUCUGUCUGCUCUCCGGAAAAAAAAGACGCCUGAGGCUGCAUUUGCCACCAAUUUGCUCUCGACAUUGGAUGGGCUGAAAAGGGUUCAUCCUAGGUAUUCACAAAGGAAGGUUAAGGUGUUGGCCACGGGUAAUGAAAGUGACGAUGGAAGAAUGAUUGUCGAUCAAAACAAACGGAGUUGGGUUAGAGUAUUAGAGUCAGUAGACUCAAUGGCCUUUUACAAUACUUUUGCAGACCGACUUGGUGCCAAGGAGCAAUCAGCUGAAAUUGGAAUGUUUUCUAUCAAGUGA